AUGCUUCAACCACGAGUACUCCGGAUCCCCCCAUUAAUAUACCACACCGGUCUAGGUCUCAUCCCACGAACACAUAUUCCGCCGUCACAAUGCGCUGCGCAAAUACCACUUUCAAUGCCACCCCGAUUGCCAAUUUCCCGAAGGGUUCACACACGAGAGUUUCACGUUAAUGUCCGGAGGUUAAGGGAUCAUCAUUUCGAUACAUUAAAGUUUGUACAGCGGUUACAGGAGGAAGGGCUCUCGGAGGAACAGAGUGUUGCGUUGAUGAGAGCCAUGAGCGAUGUUAUUGAGGAAAGGUUUGUUACCCCUAAUACAUGCGGAAACACAAUUGACCCAGAGCUAACCGGACUCCGCAGCAUACAAAACCUGACGAGAACUAUGGUACUAAAGGAGGAUCAGGAGAAGAUAACUUAUAAUCGUACUUUUCCAUCGCUGCUAACCUGAAACUCUCCUGACUAACGCCCUCCUAGAAAAAGUUGACUUCUCCAAGCUUCGUAGCGAGCUCACAAACGUGCAUGCCUCAGAACUAAAGCCACUUCGCACAGACCAGGAACGGCUAACCUCUGAAAUCUCCCGUCUAAAUGCUCGUCUUCGCGAGGAGAUACAACGUGCGCAGAGCAGCGUUAGGCUCGACUUGAACCUCGAGAAGGGGAGAAUCAGAGAGGAGAGCUCGGUGCACGAGCUGAAGAUCAAAGAGACAGAUACUAGGAUUGAGAAGGAAAUCGGAGACCUUAGGGGAGUCCUAGAAGGUGUCAAAUUCUCAACAUUGCAAUGGCUGAUCGGCGUCUGCACGGUGAGUUGGGCUUUAAGACAUCGAAGAAAUGGGCAUCAGGGACUAAUGGUACUAUAGGGAACUGCGGCCUUGUUGUUGGGUGUUUGGAGAUUGCUUAUGUGAUACUGAUGAUUCAAAACUGGGACAUUCUCCACCGUACAUAGCGCACCCCCUUCAGGGAUGAUAUACCCACCAUCUCCAUUAUUCCCCACCCAGACGCGGUCAUAAGUGGACACCAAAGACUCAAAGACCCGGUAAUUAGUAAAUCAAAUCCUAGGUCUACUUGUAGCAACGAAGCACUUGGUAG